UUGUGAAAUAGGCCUAUAGAAAAAGAAAUGCUUCUACAAUAUCCCAUAAUUCCUCGAAUUUCUACGCAAACCAGCGAACCAACAACACAAGGCGGACAUCAUGGCGGACGUACUGGACCUACACGAAGCGGGAGGCGAGGAUUUUCCUAUGGAUGAGGAUGAGAGCAUCCACAAAUUGAAAGAAAAGGCAAAGCGGAGAAAGGGACGAGGAUUUGGAUCGGACGACGCGGCCCGGUCACGAGUGCGUGAGGAUUACGACACAGUAGAACAGGACGGCGAUGAGCCUGGGCCACAGCGAUCGGUGGAGGGCUGGAUCCUCUUUGUGACCGGGGUGCACGAGGAGGCCACUGAAGAGGACAUCCAUGACAAAUUUGCAGAGUUCGGGGAGAUCAAGAACCUGCACCUGAACCUGGACCGGAGAACAGGCUACCUGAAGGGAUACGCGCUGGUGGAGUACGAGACCUACAAGGAGGCCCAGGCGGCCAUGGAGGGGCUGAAUGGACAGGACAUGAUGGGGCAGCCAAUCAGCGUGGACUGGGGCUUUGUUAGGGGCCCGCCCAAGAGCAAGAGGAGGGGUGGGCGGAGACGCAGCAGAAGCCCUGACAGGAGGCGGCGCUGAUUCCCGCCAUCCGCUCUGCUAUUGGCCGAAACAGUGUCGCUGAACCCUUCCUCAUCCAAUCGGAGAGAGCGACACAACCAAUUUUGCAUUUUUAAGUCGACGAUUGUGAAUUCACCACUUAACAGUGAAAUUUGGCGUUUUCAUGCCUUUCAUUUUUUUUUCUUUAUUGUUUUUCUAGAUCUUACCGAUAUGUAGCAUGUCAUACACCUUUUUUUAAUGUUCCAUUUCUAAAGCGGAUAUACCGUGCUUCGUGUACCUAGCAGAGCUGUGUGAGUACCUCGUCCUCUAUACUCAAUACUGAAGAGCAGUAUAUAAGUAUAUAUCACAGUGGGUCUAACUGGUGUGUGUGCUGUAUGCCAUCUUUCCUCAAACCAACAUGACAGUAGUUUGUUUUGGACCAAAGCGACAAGUACCUGAAUUUAUCCAAAAAGAAAAACAAGUCAGCUUUUGUACGAGGAAAACAAUGGGGGGAAGUGUAGGAUUUGUAGUUCCUUUGUUUAUUCCCAUUUGUAGGCCACUUGUUAACAGUGGCUGUUUCUGUGUAACUUAGCUGAAUUUUGUUUUGAGGCUGAACUUUUUUUUUUUUUUCCGCAAGUCUGUAAGUUUUGUAAGUGUAAGUAAAUGGUUUUGUUUAACUUUUGACAUGCUGAAUUAAAUGUCCUUGAAAUCCACAA